ACCGUUUUCCACCAUAAGUCGACCGGGGAGCGGAUGCGAGCAGAGGUUGCCAACGAGCCUCUGACUAUUUUCUGCCCUUUGUCGGUGCCGGAGGAGCUGUGCCAAUGGAGAAAGCGACUCCGCCGCCCCAGCCCCAGCUCCAGCUGUCGAUAGCGAAGACUGAAAGUCCAGCGGAGGACAUCUCCGGGCUGACUGACGAGGAGCUGCUCAAGUGGACCAAGGAGGAUCUGGUGCGGCGGCUGAGGCGCUCCGAGGCCGACAAGAUGAGCGUGAUUCUGGACCACGGGAAUCUCAUCCGAGAGGUCAAUCGCAGCCUCCAGCUGCACUUGAACGAGAUCAGGGGGCUGAAGGAUAUUAACCAGAAGCUGCAGGAGGACAACCGUGAGCUGCGGGACUUGUGCUGCUUCCUGGAUGACGACCGCCAGAAAGGCAAACGUGUGUCCAGGGAGUGGCAGCGCUUGGGACGCUACAGUGCCAGCAUCAUGCGCAAAGAGGUGACCCUCUAUCUCCAGAAACUCAAGGAGCUGGAGCUUCGACAGGAGGAGGUUAUCCGGGAGAACCUGGAGCUGAAGGAGCUCUGCCUGCUGCUGGAUGAGGAGAAGGGGGUGGUAGGUGGAGGAAGUGGCAGCGGAGGAAGCGUAGGGGGAGGGAGUGUAGGCGUGGGAGGGUGCCGCAACUCCAUAGACAGCCAGAGUAGUUUGCUGCUGGUGCCCGGGCAGGGGCUCCUGAUGAGAGACGUGGGUGACGGGAGCAGCACCUCCAGUGCCGGGAGCGCUGACAGCUCCGAUCACCCUCACCACAAGCAGCCUCACCUGGCUCCAGGCGUGGGUGGGGUUGGUAGUGGUGGGGAGAAAGGGAGCCCCGAGCUUGUGCACAAACCCAGGUGUAGCAGCAUCAGUGGAAUAGGAGGCGGAAGUGGAGGAGACAGGGAUGUGUCCAGCCCCGAGCACCCUGCUGGGCGCCACCGGAGUACAAGCCUGGAGUAUCCAUACACCUUGCCUCAGCUGUGCAGGCCCCGCUGUGGCUCCAUAUCCGUGCCUGACCACAGUCGAGUGAUGCGGGGCCUCAGCCCGGAAAAGUAUGGUAGGAACGUGGGCCGACGCAGUCCAGAGCAGCACCCCAAGCACCACAGCUCGGAUCUCCUCCUGGGCCAGAGGCAGCACUUCCCGGGUCAGGGAGGCAGUGGGGAGCUCUAUCAGAGGCACAACAGGAGCAGCAUUAGCAGUUUAGGCUGUGGGAGCCCAGAGCCCAGGCAGGCACAUUUAGGGGCCACUGAGCACCAUGAAAAGGGCUGCGUGGUCCAGGGGGGCAGCCCUGAAACUCAUAGGCACCAGUACAGUAUGAGCCCCGACCAUGUGAAGUUUGGCAGCCCUGUGAGAGACGGGCAGAGGAGGCCGGCCGGAGACGAGCUGUCGCCACACCAUCGGAGCAUCUACAAUGGCAUGAAUGCUUUGAUAUCAGCCGGCUGCUGCACCAACAACUGUAGAAAUGUCAAGCUAUGGGACAGGGUCAGUCCUUGAGUUAGCCCAGCGUCCCAGCUCCAGAUGAGUAAUGUGUUUGCAUGCUUGGUCUGGCCCAGGUGUAAUCAAAGUGGGUUUACAGUGGGACUACAGAGUUAGAGGUGACCCUAUCCCAUCCCCAAGUGCCAUCCUACAUCUUCAAUCAGGCCCCAGUGGGAGGGCAAGAUGGCUGUGUUAAUAUUUAAUGACUGCAAGACAAGACACACCUCCCCCCAGAGGAUAGUCGCAACCCCACGUAGCCGGGAUACACACGCACACAAACACGCAUAUUCCACACACAUUCUCAUGGUCGUUCUCCCAUAAAUGGUGACCUUUCCUACCUGUGGAUGAAGGCGUCCUCCUCCUUUUCUUUCACAUCAGUCUUUUCACCUCAUCAUUCCUUCUGUGCCUGCGCUUUUCCAGCCCACUCCCACUUACCUCGUACAAAAAUAUCAAUGACUCAGGUGAGGAACAGAAGAAAGUGUACUGUAUGUCAGUCGAUGAUUUGCGAGCGUGGAAAAAAGCAACAAGGAUGUGCUAACAAUGCAGACUGAAGUCAGGUCCCAUGGCCGUCCAUGGGUUCUCUCUGCUGUGGUGAAGACAGACACGAACAAAAGGAUCUGUCACUGAUAAGCAACACAAAAGCCUGCAGUAAUGAACAUUUUAUCUCUCUUAAACUCUCUCUUUUAUAUGCUUCCACAGGAUUUCUGCAACUUGUCUAUCUAUCUAUCUAUCUAUCUAUCUAUCUAUCUAUCUAUCUAUCUAUCUAUUACCAAGUUAUUGCCACCUACGUUUGAUGUUGUAAGAAUUGAAUAUUGCCUUUAAGGUUAAAUUCGAUAUGUGCAUUGGUUUCAGGGUGUAGGGGGUUGGGAAGGGGCUAUGGCCUCCACCCCUGACAUCACAUAUAGCUUUGUCGCAGCUAGAGUGAUCCCAUCACAAGAUGGUCUCUAGUUUUUUGUUUUUUUUAAAUUAACUGGUAUAUAUUGUUAUUUUUGUUUUUGCCUCACAGCAGGUGGGUUCUUGGUUUGAACCUGGGGUUGGGGGUUUGAACUCUGGGGUAGGGGAACCCUCACUCUGAGGAGUCUGCAUGCUCUGUCGAGUUCUCUGGGUACUCUGGCGUCCUCCCACAGUCCAAAGAGUUGGGUUAAUUGGUAACUCUAAAUUGGCCGUAGGUGCGAACGUGAGUUUGAAUGGUCCAGCCUCUUACCCAGUGUCAGCUGGGCUCCAGCUCCCCUGCGGGCCCCAACAGGAUAAGAAGUUAUGGAAAAUAAAUGAAUAAAUGAAUGAAUGGUAUAUAAGAAUCAUGGGUACCAGCAGGCAGGUCAAAAAGUGACAAAGCAGCGCUCUCAGUAAGUUAUUAAUAAAUUACAGAAACAUUGCGUACAAUAGUCCACCUUCCACCUUUUCUUCCCCACUCUCUGUCACUCUCUCUGAAAAAUAUAUACACGUACACUCUGUACUUACUUCAGUCCUUGGUCCUGACAGUUGUGCUACUGUAAUGCAUAAAGUUUGUGGUAUGUGGUUUGAAGGUCAGGUUCCGGUUCGGUUUUUGCAUCAUUGCCCCCGCAACAAAAGUAUCAUAAUCCAUCACAAUGUUUCACUGAGGAAAUCAUCAUAUGCCAGUUUUUAUGACAUCAACUAACCCUGGCACUUAUCUGGCAGGAGAACACACAAGAGUAGGUGUUUUUUAUAGUGCACAUUUUGACAUGUCACAGCAGGAAAUGCACAGGUGUAAAUAAUAACAUUAAUGAUGGCUGAAUUCCAUUUAGCUGAGUCAGUUUUAGAGUCCUGUGCCUGCUGGCUCACUGUCACUGCUGACUGGGACACUUGAACACAGCAGAGCCAUCGCGAAUGUUAUUAGUAACACCUGUGCUUUUUCUGCUUUGACAAGUCAACAUGUCUGCUGUGAAACCAAGAGUGUUUGUAUUGCUAACAGUUGAGUGUUAAUCACCAUGAUACUGAGUAAUGCUUUCUGAGUAAUGCAUUGCUAUGCAGAUAUUUUAUGGUGCUUUACUUAGCAGGCAGCUAUUUAGCAAGAAUGCAUACAAAAUAGCGGUCGUGAAUGUGUGAUUUUAUCCAACAGAAGCUGGACUUCCUGUUAAAUUAAAGGUGGAAUCCUGACUUCAUUCAGCUUAACCAAGCAGAGAGACUGACCUCAUGUCAACUAGCUCAUGAUGAGGUUCAUUUGAUACCGCUAUUACACAUCAAACUUCUCAUGAAAUACAUGUAUUAAUCUGAGCACACGAUUUUUCAUUCCCAAAAAACACAUGCAUUUACUAGUUGUACCCCAUUUGAAUUUAAGUUUUGUAAUUCUUUUAAUCAAGGAUCAAUAAGAUCCAAGAUAAUACUGUAGUAAUAAGACCUUCUCUUCUUGUUCUUCUGUUCCUGUACAGCUUUGAUGCCUCCUCUUGACCCCAACUUGACCAGCUAGGCUCCUCAAACGGAGGGGAGGUUGCAGUGGUACAGCCCUCCAGUGUCUCCGGCCUGGAUAGACACGAGGGCCCCUGGACGCCACCCUCCAAACUCCGGAUGGUCUGUCGUCCAUGGCCUCAUCCAUGUCCACAGCCCUGAAACAGCCUGCCUCCAUGUUUUUAUUUCUACAUAUCGAGAGUUUGAGGGAAGAGAGGGAGUUCUGGGGGGAAUGCUGUUAGUACGGUUGGUAAAACUCGAAGACUGCCGUAGCUAAAUGGAUAAGAGUGGAUAUCUCUCCCUUCCAACUGUGACACGGCUACCUCCCGGAGAGCGCCUGCAGAAAGGGAGGGACACCGGGGAUCGGUGAAAGAAGAUGUAGAGGACUCUGCACUGUUUUGUGCCGCUACCCUCUGUUUACAAAUGUACAUCACUGGUGGAGAAGCACAUAAAUUAAACUUUGUAUACCCUGCUGUUCAAAACCUGAAUCAUUAUCCCACACUUUUCCCUCUUUCCCACCCUGUUUAUCCACUCUCUCCCUCUUCUCCUUCAUCUUCAGAUAUCCAUCAUCUUCAAAGUGUGUAAUGAGACUGGUGUAAUCUUAACGUUCUGUCUCUCGGUCUCCAAUUCCAGCCGAUCACAUGAUCCAUCAUCUUCAAAUGAAUUUAAAAACAAAACAAAAAGCAUAAUUGUCAAAGAUGUUCUAGCAAAGAAAAAAAAACAACCUCUUCCUGUGUCUUAAACCAAGAUGGUCAUCAUUACUAGCUGCUGACAGAUGUUCUAGUUCUAUAAGAUGCAAUGUUCAGGUGUAAUUUUUCUUUUUUGUAUUAUCUUUUUUGCUCCCUUAAAGCGCCUAUAUUGAAGCUGGGGAGAAGAUUAUACGUUUCUCCAUGUUGUUUUUUACAAGGAAGUAAAGUCCAAGUAAAAAGUAGAUUAUUGGAUUAGUUUUCUAUAUAUCUAUAUAUAUAAAUAUAAUAUGAUUAUUAUUUUUGACUUACUGGUAUUAGAACUAUUAUAUGAAGAUGCAUAAUGAUAUCUAUCGAAUA